UGGAGCUUUAACGACCUUUUCUCGUCAAAAUCCAUGGCGGUUGGUUUAUCGUCGCUUCCUACAGAGCUGAUAUGUCACAUUCUACUCUUCCUCACCCCCAAGGACAUUUGUCGCUGUGCAAUUACCUGCAAAAUUGUCUGGGAUGCGGUUCAAAAUUCGGUCCACAUCCAAUACAAGCUUGAGCUUUAUGCACAAGGCCUCAAUGAGACCGAUUCUACGAACGCAGACUCCAUCGGCAUUGCCAGCAAGAUGUGUUCGCUCAAGAACUUGGCAUCCUUGUGGCGGUCUGGUUUCCAUGUCAAUACCGUUUUUCAAGAUGCGGUUACUCGAGACGAACAGUACAUGGAGCCACAGUUCGUGAAAUGUGGGACUUUAUGGGUGUGGAGAAUGAACGAUCUUUUGAUUCGAGACUGCAAGAAAAAGACCAAACCCCCUCAAAUGUGGCCUGAGGAUGGCUUGUUCCAACAGUCACACACACACAACUUGACUAGGCAUUCAGUUGUUGUCGACCCACUGCAGGAUCUUGUAGUUGCAAUUUCAUCGCCUCCUACGUUGACUUGGGACGAUGCUCGGCAAGAUCAACUUAUCUUUUGGGUCGACUUCUGGCUGGCUUCAUCCCAGCUCCCGCAUCCGGACUCUGCGUGCACUUCGUUGGAGUGCAGACAUACUUGUGAACCUGAUACCUACGCUGUUCAUAUUCUGAGUAGGCCUGCAAUCUGUGGAGAUCGUAUAGUUGUGCUCUAUCACACGAAACACACUUUAGGGGACAUGUUCACGCCCAACAUGUUCAUACAAGUCAUAGAUUGGAGAAAAGGACAUGUCAAAAGACAUGCUUUAUGGGAACUAGGAGAGCGACUGUAUACAAAUUUACAUCUAGUCGACAAACACACGAUGCUUAUCAUCAACUCAAAAGGUUAUAUACUCUCGUACACAUUACAAGGACUUGAUGGCUCACCUCGAUGUCGAGCCACGUAUCUCCUGCCGAUUCUGAGACUUGGCCAUUAUCUAUCUGCAGAUUCGACAUCCAUCUUGCCAUACUGUGUUGUUUAUGCCUCCCCAUCGUUCCAUGGUACAGUAGCUCACCCAGGCCUGAUGCCCAGCUACGUGCCCUCUCCGGAGUCACAAAUUAUGAUUCUGGAAAUUCUCCCUAUCUCAUGGCCCGUAAUGAUCGUCAUUGACAUGGCCAUGUUUUCAGAAAAGGCCAUACGAUCAGAGACGCCUGUUGAGAUUCCGUGGUCAGACUGGGGACCCAAGUAUACAUGGUGCUUUCCGCAUCAUCCAAGCCAUCGAAUCAGUGUGUUCGGUAGCAAAAUGGCAUAUGCCCUUCCUCUAGAUCAUACUCCUGAACCUGGUCAAAGGGUGGAAGCGCUCUCCCCCGAGGGAAACUUCUACAUACACAUCUGGGACUUCAAUAAGCGACUCAUUGCUCGCUCAGAAAAUACACACGAUCCCGAUUCACCGGAAGUUGUGAUACGCAAGCCUGGUCGGUUUGCUCAGUCGUGCUUUGAUGAAGACCUGGCCUUUAACCGUCCUUACAUUGCUUCUGUCUGCGCCGAGCCUUUCUCGAUGCGCCACUUUGACAGGGUUUUCUUAGAACAAGAUCGGCUUACUUUAACGAGGUUACCUGUUGGUUUCGUUGAUAUUCAGGUUGUUUCACCCAUAUCGAUGGAGGUUGGCUUGGAACAUGAAAGGCAUAGAGAAGAGUCGCUGUAGUAUAGCAUGCAUGUUUCGGGGCUCCCAAGGUGUUGUCGUUUCGAUAUAAUAGCGUGAAUUCUAUUGGUCGUGACUUGAAUUCGAUCAUUUACCACAUACGCAUAAUCAAACUGUAGGCUCGAAUCUAGCUCAGCUCAUAUUCAAA